UAUUCUAGGCUUUUCUCUCGUUUCAGCAUCGGCUCUGACUUUGCUCUACCCGAGUUUAUCUCGAAUAAGUGGUUACUUGCCUUAAGGAUAUUAACUGGGUUAGUAUCUGGCCCGAUGUUUCCAUCGGUGCAAUCUUUAUUUGGUCGCUGGGCUCCACCUUUUGAAGAUAGCGCAUUGCUUGGUCUUGUAUUUUCUGGUCAACUCAUAGGUAGUAUUGUAUGUUAUUCUAUAUCGGGUUUCCUCUGUGUGUAUGGAUUUGACAAUGGGUGGGGUUCUAUAUUUUAUAUAUUUGGGGGAAUGUCACUGUUGUUCAGUUCUGCUUGGUUCUAUUUUGUCUAUGAUCGUCCAGAGCUCCAUCCGUCUCUUGGUCAAGAAGAAAGCGCGUACUUGAAUAAAACUGUAAGGUGUAAAAGUAGAGUUAAAAACAUACCCUGGAAAAACAUAUGGAGUUCUUCUGCUGUUUGGGCCAUCGUUGUUGCCCACACUUGCUAUAACUGGACUGAUCUUACCCUUACCUUAUUACUACCACUCUACAUGAAAGAAGCCUUGAACGUCGAAACAGAAUCAAAUGGUUUAAUGUCAUCUGCUCCUUGGAUAGGGCAAGCCAUUUCCAUGCCCUUGUUCGGAAGACUUGCAGAUUUUAUACGCUCAAAAGACUGUCUGUCAACUCGUUCGAUCCGAGUGCUUUUCCAAACUGUGUGUUUCGUUUUCUCGGCGAUUCUAUUCAUUUCUGUAGGUUUUCUGAAAUGUGACCAAGUCCCAUUGGCUGGUUUUCUCUUUCUUUUUUCUGGUGUCAUCUGGUCUCUCUAUAUAGGCGGUUUUAAUGUGAACCACGUUGACAUUGCUCCGAAAUACGCUGGUGUAUUGUAUGGUAUUACGAAUACAUUUAGUUCCCUACCAGGAUUUGUGGCUCCAAUAACAGCUAGAAUACUUACACCGAAUGGAACGCAAAAAGAAUGGCAAAUUGUGUUAGCUUUAUGUGCAGGGUUUUCUGUGUUAGGGGCAAUAGUAUAUGCGAUUAUGGCGAAAGGGGAAAUUCAAGAUUGGGCCAAGUACGAAGAUAGUUCUAUAAAUGAAAGAGAAUCUCUGAAUUUGAAAGAGAGAAGAGCAAUUGACGGAGAUUGUGAAACGGUUUAGUGUGUUAUCUAGUCGCAAAAAUUAUUGUAGACGCUAGAUGUCACCCAUGUUCCUAAAAGCUUUUCUCUUGGAAAAUGAAGAUAUGCCGUACGACUUCCCGCCGUACUGUUAUAUCUGAACUGUUAUCAACCGUUCCUGAUGUUCUCUUAUUACUCUCCAACUGUGUAUCUUCAACCAGCACUCCACGAUGUCUCCAUUGAAUAAUUCCUAUGACCUGUACACUAUGACUGCACAUAUGACACUCUUCUCAAACUUUUAUGCGCAUGCUUAUUUAUACUAACCAGUACAGUUUACUUAGCCAAUCACGAGUGUGUACACAUUUCCCAUACAACACCUCUUCCCUUUGAGAUUGGCUUUCGCUUUAUUUUCUUAAUUUUUUUAUUACUCCCACGGGGAGAAAUCGGCAUAUUUUUUCGUUUAUAAACAAUCUCUAACAUCUCCGUCCGCUUUCUCUUUCUAGUUGACAUGCGCACUGGUUCAAUCAUUUCCUGCGGCGCCGGAAUAUCAAAUAUAUCAUAUAACAUUUCAAUAAGCUCUUGCUGCCUUUUUCGUCCUUCUGUGUAUCUCUUUUUUAUUUGACUUACAUGUCUCUUAUGCUCACACGUCUUCCCUUUCACCAUAUAUAUUACUCUACCAAGACGUUUGGUUAUUCUUCCUUGUUCCUAACUUUGUUUUCCAUAUUUUUUUCUGACUUAGCCAUUCGCUCUUUAAUAAUUUCAAUCGACAUAUUUUUUUCGUAAGAGAAAAAAAUGCAACAAAUAAUUUUUCGAAAUUAACAGUUCAUAAAAAAAUGAUCACACAGGUUCAAAUCUUUCUCCUGGAGCGGGAAAGUACACACUUUCAACAAAAGCCUGAUAAGCAAUCAAGGAACAGAAUGUAACAAGUAAUCACAAUAACAACACCUUCACGGUCCAAUUAGCAUAAAAAACUCCUCUAGAAAUUGGCGCAUAUGACACUCUUCUCACACUGUUCUGCGCAUGCUCAUUUAUACUAACUAAUAUUGAUCACUUAGCCAAUCACGUGGAUGUACAGAUUCCACAUAAAACACAAUAAAAAUAUUAAUAAACAAUAAAA